GGAGAGAGAAGGACCGAGUCACACCCUGGAGGAAGCUCUGUGCCUGCGGAGGUCUUUCUACCUGCCUGUCCCCAUGCCGCUCCUCCUCCUGCUGCUCCUGCUGCCCAGCCCCUCGCAGCCACAGUCCGUCUGCGAGGUGUCCACGGUGGCCAACCAGGUGGAAGCGAACUGUGAAAAUCGGGGACUGAAGGCGCUGCCUCCAGGUCUGCCGGCAGACACAAACAUUCUCCACCUGGGUAAGAACCCCCUGGGCACCUUUUCCACGGCAUCCUUGGUGCCUCUGGCUCGCCUCACUCAGCUGCACCUGGGUGGAAGCCAGCUCACUGGCCUGCAGCCUGAUGCCUCACUAAAGCUGCUGGAGAACUUGGAUAUAUCCCACAAUGAGCUGAAAAGCCUGCCCUUGCUGGGACGGGCACUCCCGGCACUCAGCACCCUGGAUGCCUCCUUCAACAAGCUGGCCUCAUUGUCUCCUGGUGCCCUGAGCGGCCUGAGCCAGCUCCAAGAGCUCUACCUGCAUGGCAAUAACCUGAACACUCUGCCCCCCGGGCUCCUGGCACCCACGCCCCGGCUGAAAAAGCUCAAUCUAGCUGACAACAAACUGAAUGAGCUGCCCCCUGGACUUCUGGACGGGUUGGAGGAACUCGACACCCUCUUCCUACAAGGGAAUUGGCUGCGCACAAUCCCAAAGUACUUCUUUGGGGACCUCCUCCUGCCUUUUGCUUUUCUCCACAACAACCCCUGGGAAUGCAACUGCGAGAUCCUUUAUUUCAGUUUCUGGCUGCAGAACAAUGCCAACAAUGUCUACUUAUGGAAGGAAGGUAUGGAUGUCAAGGCCAUGACCCCUGAUGUGGGCAGCGUGCGAUGUGUCAAUAUGGGAAGCAUACCUGUAUGUGACUAUCUAGGGAAGGAAUGCCCCUCCUUCCGUGAUGCGGGUGGCAUAGACGAUUACGAUGACUAUGACGAGGAGGACCAUGAGGGUGACAAGGCGCCUUCUGCAAGGGCUGUGGUCAGCUUCUCUGCCAACACGAAAGCCCCCACUGCCCACUGGGGCCCACUUCACUCAGAAUUUACUGCUUCCCCAUACAGCCAGGUGCUCCCAACCCAAGAGUCCACCAAGACACAGAUCAUAUUCUCACCCAUCCCAGAGCCCACCACAACCCGGACCACCUCAGAGCCCACCACUCAAGAGCCCACCACAACCCGUACCACCCCAGAGCCCACUAACCAGACCACCCCAGAGCCCACCACAACCUGGACCACCCCAGAGCCCACCAACCAGACCACCCCAGAGCCCACCACAACCUGGACCACCCCAGAGCCCACCACCCCAACCACCCCAGAGCCCACCACCAUAGAGCCUACCAAUCAGAUCACCCCAGAGCCCACCACCCCAGAGCCCACCACCCCAACCACCCAAGAGCCCACCACCCGAGAGCCCACCACCCUAGAGCUCACCACCCCAACCACCCCAAGGCCCACUAACCAGACCACCCCAGAGCCCACCACAACCUGGAUCACCCCAGAGCCCACCACAACCCCAACCCACCUAGAAUCCAUCCCAAUCCUGACCAUGUCAGAACCAACGACAUUCUUAAAUACCACCCCAGAACCUGCAGCUCCAACUACCUCAGAAUCAACCAGAUUCUUAACUACCACAGAACCCACCCCAUUCCCUACUACCCUAGAAGCCACCACAGUGAUCAUCUCUAAAUUCGUCAGCCCCCUGAAGGUCCGUGGGCUGGUCCAAGAGGAUUUGGAUAGCUCCAGAAAUGAUGACCCUCUCCUCAACCCUGACUUUUGCUGCCUCCUCCCCCUCGGUUUCUACAUCUUGGGUGUCCUCUGGCUCCUGUUUGCCUCUGUGGUCCUUAUCCUGCUGCUGACCUGGGUCUGGCACGUGAAGCCACGGGCCCUGGAUUUUGGCCAGUCAGCUGCCCUGGCCACAGACACGCACAUCACACAUCUGGAGCUACAGAGGGGAAGGCAGGUGACCGUACCCCGGGCCUGGCUGCUUUUCCUUCAAGGGUCACUCCCCAUUUUCCGCUCUAGCCUCUUCCUGUGGGUGCGGUCUAAUGGCCGUGUGGGGCCUCUGGUGGCAGGACGGCGGCCCUCAGCCCUGAGUGUGGGUCGUGGUCAGGACCUGCUGGGUACAGUGGGCAUUAGGUACUCUGGCCACAGCCUCUGAUGGGGGUAUUUGGGGACCCUGAGAGGCUCUAACAGGCUUUCCUGCUGGGAUCCAGCUGGGAGUGUGUGGGUGGGUGGGUAAGGAGCACAGGGCCGGGGGGAGGUCUUAAUUACUUUCCCUUUAUCAGAGUGCCCUUUUCACACCACAGGCACACAACCUUGGCCCUAGCAAAUCCUGAAGGACUUGGCUGGGUCCUGGAAUAAAGCUUCCUAUGCUGGAUGGUGGGGCCCCCAGACUACUAGGUCAUUACCGUUGUUUUUGGGGAGUUUUCAGAAAAGGCAAGUAAGAACAGAACAUGGUUCCCGCAUGUGUGUACUGAGGAAAACUUGGAAAGGGAUUAUCAAAAUGUGAGCUCUGACUCUCUCUGGGUAGUAUGAAUAUAGGUGAUUUUAUUUUACUUUCCUCUUAUUAGCAACUUCCUAGUUUUCCACCAUCAUAUAUUAUUUGUAUAAUUAAAAAUUUCAAAAAGAACACUUCAUCUCUUUUGGAGGGGUAUGACUGGGGUAGCUGUCACUAGCGUUCUUAGGGCCUCAAGGGUCCCAUCCUAGUUGCACUCACCCAAAAAAGCUCCCGUCUUGGCCUGCACCUACCCUGCUUGGUGCACCUUCAACCAGGCCACCCCAAGCACCAGCUCCAGCUCCAGCACCGUGUUUCCCUGGGGCAGAACACUGCGGAGGCCUACCUGCCUGCAACCUACAGCACUGGGAGUGACAGCAGGUGUCUGACGCCCACACCUGUGGCCUCAGAAAUGCAGCUUCCCACUCUGUCCAGGUCAGUGAGAUGGGAAGAGUGUGGUCCUGCUGAUGUGUACCAUCCUGGUGGGUUGUAUUAAGUCUUGGGUUUUCUGUUGUCCAGCCAGGAUGCAGGCAAACAGAGCCCCCUUCUCUGCCCUGGUGCCAUAGAUUCUGCCAUUCCCCUUACCAUGGCGGGUGGGGCUUUAUCUCCUGCUGUGUCUGCAGCCCACACCUAGGCCUGGAGCUCAGAGAAUGGGAAUGAAAGCUGAGUCUUUCUGGCUCCAUGGAGACCCCUGCCUCCAUAUGGUGGGAGAUCUUAACAUGAAAACCUGACCCCCUCUCCUGCUUUGAGGUCUUCCCCAGAAAGAGGACACUCAGAACACUCAAGCUUGGCAAGCAACAACUUCUGUGCACUGACUGACCAACAGUCCAGCUUCAUAUCUCCUAACAGAUACUUCCCACCCUGGGCUCCAUCUACUGCAGACUGCAUAGGCUCUGGCUCCCAGCAUCCCUCUGAGCCUUUGCUCAGCCAGGAGUGCUGUGCUGUCUCUUCCUGGACCAGUCUAACUGGUCCUACACAGGUCUCUCCUCCCCCAGGCUAGGCCUGCUGCUCCAUGUUAUCCUGCAUCCGUCUGUUCCUACACUCUUUCCAAACUGCUUUGGUGUCAUCUUCCCCUCUGGACUUGAAACUCCUUAAGGACAAGGUUCAGGCUUCAAGUUUCUCUAAGUGGCCACUAUGGCCCAGGCCAGCAUGUGCAUGGAGGAGGCAAGAAGGCCCAGCAGGGAUGCCAGGCUGCCAAGCUCCACCUCUGCCAAGGGGAUAGCUCCCACCUGCUGCCUGCUCAUCUCCUGGCCCAUCUCGGGAGAAGCCUUUCCCCUUCGGGCCUCAAGUUGCCCAGCCCUCCUUUCAGUUGACCUUCCAGUGCCUCCUGACGUUUUAGGCUCCUGAGGACACUGCCUGGGAAUCACAGAUCUUCUUCUAAAGAAAGGCUGAGGCAGUCACUCUUCCCAGCCUAGGCCCACAUAAAGUCUCCAGCCAACACCCUCUCUUUUCUCAAGCUUCCAGGGUUUGGGACAUGUGUGUCCCACCCCCACCCCCACCAGGUCAGCCUUCCCUUCUAGAGACUCUUAUUCCCUUCUCUUUAGGCUGCAGAAGCAGUCACCAGACCCCAGAGGCCUUUUCUGAGGAUCACACAAAAUGAUUU